AUGGAGAACAGUAGUGGAAGAUUAGUGCAGCCCGGCACAAGUGCCAGCUCUACAAAGCUAGUGGGUCGAGCAUUUGAACAAGACAUGAAGGUGAUACGGUCUUGGUUAAUGGAUGAUAAAGUCUCAACCAUUGGCAUUUAUGGAAUGGGGGGAGUUAGUAAAACGACAAUGCUGCAACAUAUCCACAAUGAACUUCUAGAAAGACGAGAUAUUUCUCAUAGUAUUUACUGGGUGAAUGUGCCUCAAGGUUUCAAGAUUGAAGAAUUGCAAGAUCUUAUUGCUAAAUAUCUUCAUUUAGAUCUUUCAAGCAAAGACGAUGAUCUGUCUAGAGCUGUCAAGUUAGCAAAAGAACUAGCGAAGAAACAAAAAUGGAUUCUCAUUUUAGAUGAUUUGUGGAACUCUUUUGAGCCACAAGAAGUGGGGAUUCCUAUCCCAUUGAAAGGAUCCAAGCUCAUUAUGACAACUCGAUCAGAAAUGGUUUGUCGGCAGAUGAAUAGCCGAAACAAUAUAAAAGUGGAUACUCUUUCUGAUAAAGAAUCCUGGACUUUGUUCACGGAGAAGCUUGAACAUGACAAACCACUUUCUCCAGAAGUGGAACGAAUUGCUGCAGAUGUUGCAAGGGAAUGUGCUGGUUUGCCUUUGGGAAUUGUUACAUUAGCAGAAAGUUUGAAGGGAGUGGAUGACCUACAUGAGUGGAGGAUUACAUUGAAGAGAUUGAAAGAAUCAAAUUUUUGGCACAUGGAAGAUCAGAUGUUCCAGAUAUUAAGAUUGAGUUAUGACUGUUUAGAUAAUUCAGCACAACAAUGUUUCAUAUAUUGUGCAUUAUUUGAUGAACAUCAUAAGAUUGAAAGGAGGGUGUUGAUAGAGUCGUUUAUCGAGGAGGGGAUAAUUAAAGAGAUAAACAGGCAAGCAACACUCGACAAGGGCCACUCAAUUCUUGAUAGACUAGAAAAUGUCAACUUAUUGGAAAGAAUUGAUGGUGGUAGUGCUGUCAAGAUGCAUGACUUGCUUAAGGACAUGGCCAUCCAAAUACUGGAUGAGUACUCUCUAGUUAUGGUAAAUCUUACUUUCCAUCCUCCUUUUUUCUCUUUAACCACUAAUUUUGUUUCAUCAUAG